CUGUGGGGGGUGGGCCUGGCGGCGCCGCGCUCCUGCGUGGCGGACCUGAGCCGCAACCGCAGCCUGUCGCUGGGCUGGUGCGCGGGGCCCGAGGAGCCGCCGCCCGCCUUCUAUGGGGGCGAGAUCGUCGCCUUCCCGCUGUCGGGCGGCGGCGGCACCAUGGCGGCGCUGGGCUCCGACUCCUGGUGGAAGAAGACGCUGUACCUGACGGGCGGAGCCCUGCUGGCCGCCGCCGCGUACCUGCUCCACGAGCUGCUGGCCAUACGGAAAGAGGAAGAGCUCGAUUCAAAAGAUGCUAUCAUACUGCAUCAGUUUUCGAGGCCUAGGAAUGGCGUUCCGAGUUUAUCCCCGUUCUGCCUGAAAAUGGAAACGUACUUGAGGAUGGCUGAUUUACCUUACCAGAACUAUUUUGAUGGAAAACUUUCCCCUCAAGGGAAAAUGCCUUGGAUUGAAUACAAUCACAAGAAAGUAUCUGGCACUGAGUUCAUCAUUGACUUCUUGGAAGAGAAACUUGGAGUGAAUUUAAAUAAACACCUUGGUCCACAUGAAAGGGCUGUUUCCAGAGCUGUGACCAAAAUGGUGGAGGAGCACCUGUACUGGACUUUAGCUUAUUGCCAAUGGGUGGAAAACCUUCAUGAGACACAAAAGAUGGUUUCGCUUUUUGGCCCCUUCAGCGACUUGCUGAAGUGGAUCUUUUGCCAUCUGACCAAAGGAAUCGUGAAGCGGGAAAUGUACGGCCAUGGCAUUGGGCGCUUCUCGGAGGAGGAGAUGUACACGCUGAUGGAGAAGGACAUGCGGACUCUGGCAGGCCUCCUGGGUGACAAGAAGUACAUUAUGGGAUCAACAGUUUCCACUGUUGAUGCCACUGUCUUUGGACAUCUGGCUCAGGCAAUGUGGACAUUACCAGGGACUCGACCAGAGAGACUAAUCAAAGGUGAACUGAUUAACCUUGCUAUGUACUGUGAAAGAAUAAGGAGGAAAUUUUGGCCAGAAUGGCACCAUGAUGAUGACAACACUCUGUAUGAAUCUGAGGAAAGCAGUGAGGCAAGCAAGACUUACUCCCCUUUGCAGGACUUCAGUUUUUAUUCAAGGACAGAAACAUUUGAUGAGGAAGGGAACAGUAUUUCCCAAACCCCAGACACAGAUUACACUGGACACUCCCUCUUUGACUCAGAUGUGGACAUGGAUGAGUACAGAGAUCAUGAACAAUGCAAGUGAUAUGUACAAGUGUCUCCCAUUAUGCAGAUAAGCUGUUUCUUGGGAUCACUCUGAUUUGUUUUCUCCUUCAGGUCAGGAAGAGGUUUAUACCACUUUGGAAGAGACCAUUGUGCUUGAUUCAGCUGUCACAUACUGCUUGGACUAUUUCAACUGUAUUUCGUUUUGUGUAAUUGUUCAGGUGGACCAAGGUAAACACAUUUAAAACACACGUGAGCAAACUAGAAGUCUAGAGGGCAGCAGGACCUUUAAGUCUAUUUUUGUUCAUGUUCAAAACCAGAUUCCCCAUCCAAGUGGGAUGAACUUCUGGGAAGUGGAACAUUAGUCACAUCUGGUUUUUGUUGUUAUCUUCUCUUUACAGAAGGACAAGAAUGGAAGAGGUAUGACUGGCACAGUUUUCCAUGGAAAAAAUGAUUGAUGCUGUAAUGAAAAGGCCCUGGCAGUGUUGGCUGACUGCCAUCUAAUUUUAAGCCAGUGGUGUGCUGAGGUGCAUGAGAUUCAUGCAGCACCCUGGCCUGUAUCAGCAAUAGUGUGGCCAGCAGGACCAGGGUAGUGAUUGUCCCCAUCUCAGCACUGGUGAGGCUGCACCCCAAAUCCUGUGUUCUGUUCUGGGCCCUUCACUGCAAGAAAUUGAGGUGCUGGUGCUUGUCAGAGAAGGACAAUGAAGCUGGUGAAAGGAACUGGAACACAAGUCUUGUGAGGAAAAGCUGAGGGAACUGGGGGUGCUUAGCCUGGAGAGAAGGCAUCUCAGGAGAGACCAUAUCACUCUCUACAACUGCCUGAAAGGAGGCUGUAGCAAGAUGAGCGCUGGUCUCUUCUCCCAGGUAACAAGCUCUAGAAUAAGAGAGAUGGCAUCAAGGUGUGCCAGGAGAUGCUUGGAUUGGAUAUUGGGAAAAAACUUCACUAAAAGGGUUGUCAAGCAUUGGAACAGACUGCCCAGUCAUCACCCCGGAAGUAUUUACAAGCCACAUAGCUGUGGCACUUUGGGGACAUUGUUUGGUGGUGGUCUUGGUAGUGCUGGGUUAACACUUGGACUUGAUGAUCUCAAAGGUCUUUUCCAACCUAAGAGAUUCUGUGAUUUGGUAAGGUUUCAGGGGAAUUUUAUUUGAUAGCUACCCAUACUUUGGUGCGUCUGUUGGUCUGCAGAAAAGAACUGCUCCUAGUUCUUUUGGAGACAGUCAGGGAAGGAUGGAGGAAAACAUGUCCCUGCAGAAGGGAGCUGGUUAGUGUUUCUUGUUCUUUUCAGAAGGUUGAAAUCACUACUAUAGAAUACUUUUAUGCAGGAGGGAGAUGUCAGUGUUGACUCAUCUGGAAUGUGUGUUGGUCAAAUUUCUUCUGUGUUUUUGAAUGAUUAUUAUGUUUUUACUCCCUGCCUGUGGCUGCUGUCUGCUAUUUCUAGGCAAGGCUAAUGGGACUUGCUGCUAGAAGUCUGGUGUGCCUCAGCAGUGGGUGCUUUGUGUUCUUUACCAACAGACGUAGCAAACCCAUGAAGGCUGCAAAGCAGUUGGAGGUAUUGGUAGGCAUGGGAUGCUGUGUAGUUGCAAGAUGUUGGCCCAGGCAAUUGAAUACUUUAUAGCUGCCUAGGGAGGUGCUUCAGGGGAUGCUGGGCACUGUGCUGGCUCUCAGUGCACGGUCCCUAAAGCUCAUACACAGGAGGAGGUGAGAUGGGACAGUUCACUCAGCACUGCCAUGUGUGGGGGGAAAUUCAGAUACUGAAAACAUGACCAGAAUUGAGUUUAAGUUGCCUUUGCUGGCACAUCUGUGGAUCUGGAUCUCAAAAUGAUUGCACAGGUUCUCAUGUGCUUUGUGUUCAUGUCUUCCUAAAUACAGGUUAGAGAUGGGAAUGAAUCCAUUGGAUUUACUCACAGCUUUGAAGUUAAGCAUGUACUUCAGCGUUGCUUGGCCAUGAUUAGUUGAUUUUAGUAGAGUAUAUUGGACUGUUGUGUUUUUAAAUAUGCAUAUAAAAUUGGGUAUUUGACUACAGACUUUGUUGGUGGCCCAUUUUAAUUAUGGUUUUCUCAGUGAUUUACAGUUAGAUGAAUCAGGAUCCCUCAGCAAAAUUUUUGUAAUGUGUUGGUUGUACCAAAUGUUCUAAGAGCAGACAGGGCAGACAACUGCUUUAGGAUGUUAACUGUUGGUAGUUUUAGUGAGUCUGGAGCUUGAAAUAGCUCCAGCACUCAAAGAAUAAGUUACUCCCUGGCAUCCUGGAGUGCCUUCUGCAGAGGAAAACACCUGCUGUGGGGAAACAUGGAGCUUCAAAGCCAUGGCUUUGAAAGCAGGAACACCUUUGUCUGCAUUGAAACCCCAGGUCUGUUCAUGCAUGGGAGCCACUGCAGUGAGAGCUGACAAGUUUGGUGUGAAUUUACACCUGUUUCCACAAUUCCCUGGGCAUGUCCUUGAAGCCAUGUUCCAGUCAAUGUUGUGGGCAAGUACCAUUUGCAAAGUGAACCAAAACUGAGGAGGGAGGCAUCAUCCAGUUACUUGGGACCCUUCUCAGGAAACUAAGCAUAAGAAUGGGGCACAAGAAGAUAAGUCUUGGGCUUGAAAGUGCAGAGGUUAUGGCCUGAACUGCCUGAGUAACUGCAAGGCUAAGUCAGGAGAGGUUUUAUCUGCAAAAAUGUAGGUAUUGAUAUUCUGAAUAAAAGGCAUCUGCAUCAAAAAGCUCCUAUUUAAAAUCAUUAGCCUGUUGGAAAUUCUGAUGGAGAUAUCCUCACUCAUUUACUGAUGCAUGUUUGAAGGCUGUGCUUUCUCCAUUUGUUCAGCAUUGCAAGGUGUGCUUGCAGCAGAUGAGUCCCUAAAAGACCGUUAAAGGAAGGUCAGACCUCUUUAAAAGGAUUUAAUCCAUGCAUUUUUUUUUUGAAAGCUGUCUUGUUGUGGGGAAACAAAUGAAACACCAAAAAGUUGAAAAAAAUAAAUUAAAAAGUGUUCAUUUUAGUUUGCAUGGGGGAAAAAAAAAAGAAAAAUGAAAAAUGUGUUUUCUUAAAAAGGGAACAACUGUUUUUGACUUUCUAAAAUUUUGCUAAAAGAACAAUGUUUUCUUAGUCCUGCAGUCUUUUUGGUUUUUUUCCCCCAUUCCAUCAUAUCUAUUUUUAAUGUUAGUGCUGAGGGGCUGUACAGAACUAAAAAUAGUCAGAGAGCAUCUUUAUUUCCUUUAGUUUUUCUUUUUCCUUUUUUUCCUCCCUCACUGAUUAAAAUUGUGAGUGAGUCCAUUGUAGGGAUGCUGGAGGUCCUGGCUGUGCUGCUGGUGGGUUGAGGGUCAGCAGGUGUCUCUGCAGCCAUGAAACCUGGGACAGCCCUGGAUUGCCCAGCAGGUGAGCUGGGAUAGCAGCUGGAGGCUGAUGGAUGCUAGGACAUGAUGUCUGAGGUGACACAGACCACGUAAGGUUUUUCCCUGGCUGGGGGUCCCUCUGCCACAGCCAGAAACUCACUGUGGGGUGAUGUUAGGAAGGGUUCAGGGGCCCUUGAUACAAGAGUCAAAUGUCAGUGAUGCCUCUGAGAGCAUCACAAGUGCCAGCACCAAAACUGGUCCCAGCCACAGCCCUGGCCUGGGUAAAUGGCAGUGCAAGGUACUCGCAGGAGGAAAACUGUCUUGGGGCUCCUCUGCACUGUCUAGCCCCUCUCAAAACAGGGCAGGGAAGCCCUUGGAUGGUCAUUGGAGAAGGCAGUGGAGAAGGGGAUGGUGGGAUACAGGGAGUUGCCAAGUGCUGGGUCUCUGCAGGAGGACUCACUGCACCUGUAGCCUGUUCCAGUGGAUGGGUGGGGUGCCUGCUCUGCUUAUGAUCUGGAGCAUGAGCCAUAUCCUGGUGAGGGGACAGCACUGCUCCUCCUGGUUACUUUACCUUAAAUACUGCCAAAGACUGAGUACUGCCUUUGUGUUUCCAUAGUGCUGCUCUAAAAGAAGGAGUAAUUGGUCUGCCCCUCAUUUGGCAAAUGGGAAUUCAAAGCAAAUUCUGCAUUUCCAAUGGAGUUAGAUUUGAAGCAGUUUGUUGGGUUUUUUUAUGUGAAUUGCAGUUUUUGGCGGUGUGACACUCUGUCAUGUCAGAAGGGAUUUGUUUACCCCUGUCGGUCUCAUUGGCUCUGUCAGCCGAGCUCACUGUUACCGAGUGGGGGAAACAGGCACUGGGAUGUAUAGGUCCUACAGAAAUCCUGCAAAUGUGCUGUUUGAUUUAAAAACCAAACUGAACCUGAUGUUUCAGAUCUGGAGGACUGUUUCCAUCCAAUUAUAGCACUGCAAGUAACACAUUUUGAUCUUUAAAACCUUGGCAAUGUCCCUCCAGAUCUAUAUUCUCUUUGAAAAAAUACUGCCUGAAAUAUUUCUGCAGCAACAGUUCAGGCACAAAUUUGCUUUUGUCAGUGAUGUCUGCUCAAGUAAUCAUGACAGUUUCAUACUGUUUUCCUUGAAAGGCCUGUAUCUGUCAGAUGCUAAGCCUUACAAAAUAUUGCCUGCUGGAAAAGCGUGUUAUGUGCAGAUUUAUGCAGGGCAGCUCACCAAGUGAAAUUUCUGUGGCAGGGGAUGAAUUCAAGUGGGUCUUGUCCUUAGAUGUUUGAAUACGAAUUUGAAUCUGUUUUUUGACAAGUAGCUGUUUGGCCUAACCCUCCUUCCCUCCCCAAAUACUGCAAAAUUACGAUUUAGGCAUGUGAUGCUAAUAAAGCAAAUUACGCUCUCUAAAUACAGAAUUAAGUUGGACAGCGCGGUAGCUGGGAUAUGGAAAUGGGUACCCAUAGGUGUGAGUCAUGCCCGUACAUCUCAGCAGCUGGGAUCUGGAGGAGCACGCAGGUUGUAUGGUUUGAUCCCGCAGAACCAGAGGGCUAGAGGUAACUCUGACUGCUGUGCUUUCAGCAGCUGAUCAGUGCUAUGGGGUAUCCAUGUAUGCUGUGCCUUGGCUAUUCCUUAGUUCAGGGUACACUGUGCAGGGGCUCGUGUUGGUGCUGUGGCUCCUGUGGGGCAUCAGCCUGCUGUCAUCCUGUGGCUGAGCUGCAGAGACAAGGGUCUGUUUGGGAGUAAGUAUUGGCUGUGAGCAGAGCUGUGACCCUGCUGGUGAACAUGGGCUGUGGUGUUGAGCUGGUGUCCUGUGGAGGGAAGGUGUUCCCCCACACUGUAUGUGUGCAUCUCCUUUUCAGGCCAGUGACCCCUGUCUUCACAGUUUUGCCUUGGUGAAGAGAAGGGUUGCAACAUGAGUCAGUUCUAUCUCAGUGGUUUGGGGCAGUCCUCUCUUUGGUGGCUACUGGGGAGGGCUUCUUCUGUGUUCAUUCCCCAUGGAGGUGCCCCAGUGUGCAGUACUUCCUUAGCGGGGGUUUCUGCAGCUCUCUGAGCAAUUUGCAAAGUUAAAUGGUAUUAGUCUGUGUACAGCACAGGAAUGCCAGUCACUGAAAACACUGUGUGGCACUACAAUGUUAAACUCUUAGUUCUAUGUCCUCUCCCAGGUUUUUCAAGGCCAAGGAGAUUGUUGUGGGCAUUUGGUCAGACUUCAGCAUAAAAAGGUUUGUGGGAUUUCAUGUAAUGAUUUACACAGUCAGCUCAACAAGCUAAAGCUGAAACAUAUGCUUCCAAAAGGCAUUCAAGUUCUGUGGAAUAAAUAAAAUCCUGCUCCACUUUGAAGUCCUUGACUAAAGUGCCAGUUUGCUUCAGCCGGAGUUUCCAACACAGCUUCCAAGUGACCCUGAAUUUACCACUUCUCUCAUUCCUGUCUAAUUAUACUUAAGUAAAAUUUUGCUUUACUGGGGACAGUAAGGCAAACAAGAUGUGACUGUGGUUCUUUUUUAUGUAACUUAAAAAAAAAAAAGUGCUUUUUUUGGCUGCACUGGUCACGUUGAUAUUUUCACUGGGCACUAUGAUUGUAUGUGUUUUUGCCUCACUUCCUAAUUUAUUCGUCUGACUUAUCUUUCCUCAAAUGUACAGGCUUUUAUUUUUUCAGGAUACUUGAAGAAUGCAAGUCCCAAAGACAGGGGUGUGCAAUCCAGCAAGAAUAAAGUAUAUGUAGAUGUAUAUGGGUGAGGGGUAUAUCCAGCUAACUGCAGUGUACAAGGUUUAACUAACAAAAUGAAGCAACACAUUUCUAAAUGGGGACUCUGAUGCUGUAGCUGCAUUAUGUUGUUUGUCUAUGGACUACACGAGACAUACGUUAUUUUGGCACUGUUAUUACUAGUUUAUAAAGCCAUAUUUAAAAUUGUACACUUAAUUGUAACAUAACUUUAAAUUGUGCACUGUGUUGAUCAAUGUACAUAUAUAUGAAGAUCUGUAUAUUUUGUCUUUAUGCUGUAUGUCAUCGGUGUGUAAAUUAUAACUAAUGGAUCUAAAAUA